GCUGGGGGGAGCCGGGGUUCAAGAGGGCAGGCUGGAUCAGACCGGGCAGAAGCAGACCGAGGCUCCAAGUGUCAACGACAGCUAGGUGACGAGGAAAUUGGCGGUUGGGAUCGGAGCUGUCUGGAGAUGCCGCAGGGGGAGGGUCCUCACGCCGCACGGGGCGGAGUCCUUGGACUUGGGGCGGGACGAGUGACUGAGACGGGUGGGACCUCCGAGCCGGUGCCAGUGGAAGGUGGAGCCUGGCGUCUGAGGGCAGGGCUAGAAGGGGUGGAGGGAGGAGUCUGGCUUGAGGAGGAGGGGCUAGAGCAGGUGGAAGGGGGAGCUUCAGGUUUGAAGACAGAAGAGGAGGGAAAGCAGGCGCUGGGGGCGGGCCUUCAGCUGGUGAGUGACGAGGUUACGGUUACGGAAAAGGGGUCUAGCUCUGUCAGGGGCGGGGCUGCAGGGCCUGGGGCGAAACCACGCUCUCUAAAGGGCGGAGCCAAGGAGCCAGGCGGAGAGCUGGGCACUAGUAAUGGCCCGGGGCGUCCACGCGGGGGCGGUCUCCGUGGUGGUCGGGCCUGGGGACGCGGUAGGCCGAGAACUCCCCCGGGAGAGGUGGUAUGGGUGGAGCGGGCUCGACGGCCAGCAGACACAGGGCCAGUCUGGGUGCCCCGGAGACCCCCGAGAGCUCAGAGCUGGGGAGGCGCCCCAGGUGGAGGCACAGGGCCGGCCUGGGGAGUACCUCCGGAGGACCCGGGCUCUUCGGAACCAUCCAGCGGGGAUGUAUGGGUACCUCGGGGCCGACCCCCUGCAGCGGCCGCAGAGGUGUUGGUGUGCUGGGCCGGGGGCAGCUGGGUGUGGCGUGAGUGGGGCAGCCCAGUCAGGGCAACAGCUGCGCAACCAGAUAGGGUCUGGACUUUGCGUAAAGGGACGAGUGGGAACUGAAGAACGGAGGUGGGAACCGGGAGGGAGGAAAGAUCUGGGGGUGAGCAAAGGGGCGGGGCCCUGGCUGCUGUGGCCUCCCCUGACCCCAUACCCUCGCUGCUGGGGUCCUCGGCCAAGUCCCCUUCUCUCUGGACUGGUAAGUGUGGCCGCAGAGCCCAGGGGAGAGGGUGGUAACCCGGGAAGAGGGGAUCCCCAGGGGCAGGCGAAGUACGGUGGGAUGGAAUCUUCCUGGUACCUGCCCAAGUUCGAUGCCUUCCCUGCCCUCCUCCCCGUCAGUCGGUCGGUCGGGGUCUGUGCCUGCAGAGACAUGAGGCUGAGCUGGGUCCUGACAGUACUAUCCAUCUGCCUGAGUGCCCUGGCCACGGCUACGGGGGCAGAAGGCAAACGGAAGCUGCAGAUCGGGGUCAAGAAGCGGGUGGAUCACUGUCCCAUGAAAUCUCGAAAGGGGGAUGUCCUACAUAUGCACUACACAGGGAAGCUGGAAGAUGGGACGGAGUUUGACAGCAGCCUGCCCCAGAACCAGCCCUUUGUCUUCUCCCUUGGCACAGGCCAGGUCAUCAAGGGCUGGGACCAGGGGCUGCUGGGGAUGUGUGAGGGGGAAAAGCGGAAGCUGGUGAUCCCAUCAGAGCUGGGGUAUGGAGAGCGGGGUGCUCCCCCAAAGAUUCCAGGUGGUGCAACCCUGGUGUUCGAGGUGGAGCUGCUCAAAAUCGAGCGACGUUCAGAACUGUAGCCAGACUGAGGAGGAGCAGUGGGGAGAGGGCCACAUCAGGGACCAGACUGUUAAAAACAAAAAAACAAAAAACCCUUAAAAGCCCAAA